UUGUUUGCUAUUGGUUUCUUUUAAAGACUUGAGCAAUUAUACAUAUUGCUCAAAAACGGAAGUACGAACAUACGUUGUCCUUGACAACCAGCAAUGCGUUCUUAGCAACUGCCUCAGAAUGGCAAAGAUUAUUGGUGCUAAGAAAUCAUUGUGGCAACAAGUCUGUGAAGAAUAUGAGUCGGAGCAGCCCAGUCCACCCAGCGCUGCUUGGACAGACAGUGGUUCAGUGAGCACUCAUGUCUCCCAGUACAGCGCCAGCAAGCACUCUCCUGUCUUCUAUGGUCUCAUGGCAGUUAAGGUUGCUGUGGAUGAUGACCCUGUGAAGCAUGUUGACCCUCUUCUGAGCCACCCUGCCCUUGCUGGAUACUCUGCCUUGGACAAACCUCCAUCCUCCUGUCACAGACAGCCUCUGACCACACACCCUGCAUCCACUGCCCAGCUCCAUCAACGCCCAAUCACCCAGUUCCUGGAGGGGUCUGUGUUCCCAGUGCUACUGCCUGGACUGGAGGCCAUGCUGAGAGAGGCCCAGAGACAACACUGCCUGGAGAGGAAAAGAACAGCAUUCAACGCUUGUGACUUCCUAACUGAGUGGCUGUACAAUCGGAACCCCCGCCGGCAGGGACAGGCCCCUGUGGACUUCCAUGAGAUCCCAUUUGUCAAGGACUGGCUCAGAAUACAUCCCAGGCCUCCCAUCCCUCUCUCCCUACUGCUGUCAGACCAGCAGGCUGCUGUUCUCAUCCAGUCCUUCUGGCGGGGCUAUACC